AUUGCUUUGUUCAUAAAUAAAUAUACACCUUUGGUUUGUUCAAAAGGGAAAAUUAAACAGCAAGAAAAGAAUAGGAAGAAAAUAGAGAUGAACUUUAACAAAGAGGGUGCAAAGCUGGAAUUGGCGCUCAACUUAUCUCCGCCGCAAGCCGCCACCAGUCCUCAGUCACCGCUAAGAUCGUCUCCUCUUUCCAUGAAGCUGUCAUCACCGAGCUCGUGCGUGUCAUGGGACCCGAGCCCGGCGGGGGACGACGACGGAAGCAGCGCCGCUGCCGUGGAGGGCGGUUCGAUGAAGCUUGUGGGCUGCCCUAGAUGCCUCAUGUACGUUAUGCUGGCGCCCGAACAUCCAAAAUGCCCCAAGUGCAAAAGCUCCGUCUUGCUUGAUUUCUUCCAUGACCAAAGGGUCAACGGCUCUAAGAAGUGAAGGUUGACUUUUUUUCUCAAAAAAUGUGAUCCCCUUCACGAAUUGGGCCGGGCUUAGCUUUGCUAUACUCACAAACCUACUCUGGCCUAUAUAUAAAGCUCAUUAAAGUAUUAUCAUAUUUAUGUUGUUUUUAUUAUUUUAUUGAUGUUGAUCGGGGGUAAUUAACUAACCAUUGACAAGGUUGGCCUAUGAUCAGGCUAUAUGGCUUAGCCGAUUACCAAACUUUUCUACCAGUAAUGUAAUAUAUUUAAAGCUAUACUAAUGUACGUAAUAAAUAAUAAGACUAUGAACUUUGAUAGUGAUGAAACUCGAAUACAAUAUUUGUUCGUAUUAA